AUGGCUGGAUCACAAUUGAAAAAGUUAAAGGCAGAAUUAAAGUCUCAAGGUCUUAUUGGACAAACCAAUAUCAAGAAUAAGAAAAGACCUGCUGAUAGGGAUAAGACUAAAGAAAAAUUAGGAGAAAUUAGAGAAAAAUUUAAUGUUUUCGAUAAUAAAGUUAAUAGAGUAAAGAGAGAUGUUACAACUAUUGAACAUGGGAAAUUUGUUACUAUAGGGAAAGGUAAUGUAAAAAAUACAUCUAAGACCAAUUCAUUUUUGAAUAAGAAUCUUAAAUUAGCUUACGAAGCUCAUAAAUCACGUAAGGGAAGAAAUGGUAAAAUUAUUGAUAAAAGAUUUGGUGAGAAUAGUAAUUUAGGAGAUGAGGAUAAGAUGUUGGAAAGAUUCAUCAAAGAAAGAGAACAGAGUAGUAAGAGUAAAUUCAGUUUAGAAAGUGAUGAUGAAUAUGAUGAUGAUGAAGGAGAUUUCCAAUUAACCCAUUCAGGUAAAUUAUUACCUGAAGAUAUGGAAGAACCUCAAGAAGUUCAAGAAGAAGAUUUAGAACCAGCAAGAAAGAAAACCAAAAAAGAAGUCAUGGCUGAAAUCAUUGCUAAGUCUAAGAAAUAUAAACAAGAAAGACAAAAAUUGCAUUCCCAAACCCAACAAGAAAUUGAUGAGUUGGAUGAUGAAUUCCAAGAUAUAAUGGGAGAGUUCAAUUCUAAACCUUCUGCUAACAAUGCAUUUUCAACUAAAAAACCUGAAGAAAUCGAAUAUGAUAACAAAGUCAGAGAAUUAGUUUACGAUAAAAGAUCAGUACCUGCUGAUAAGACCAAAACAGAUGAAGAGAAAAGAACUGAAUAUGAAGAAAAAAUGAAAAAAUUGGAACAAGAUAGAUUAACCAGAAUGGAAGGUGAAAGAGAAGCUCAAGGUGAUGAUUUAGAUUUCUGGGAAAGUGAAGAAGAAGAUGAUCAAGAGGAAAACAAACAAGACUUGCAAGAGGAAGAAGAUGAAGAAUCUUAUGAAGAAGUGGAGUUUGAAGAUUAUGAUACUUUCGAUACUCAAGUUUCAGAAAAAGGUAUAUCAUUCAUCAAUAACAUCAUAAAAAACUACAAGCCACAUUUAAGAGAAGGCAAUAAAGCUAGAAUGAAUAAAUUUGUUCUGAAUUUAUUCAAAUAUUUAUGCCAUUCACCUCAAAAUGAUUUAAUACCAGUCUUGAAGAAACUUUGUGAAUCAUAUAACGAAACCUUGGUUCAAACCAUGAGAGACGAAAUGCUUUUAAUACAAGAAAGAAUCGAGACCAAUCAACUCGAAAAGUCAGAUUUGAUAUUCUUUGUUAUUUGUGGGUUCUUAUUUUCAACUUCUGAUAAAUAUCAUUUAAUUGUCAUUCCCAAUUUGAUCUUAAUGAAUGAGGUCGUUCUUAAUUAUAAACAUGACGGAAUAGUAGUUUUCAUGAUGGAUUUACUUUUACAAUAUCAAAGAAUUUCUAAGAGAUUCAUACCAGAGAUCAAUUUCAUUAUCAAAGAUUUAUUAACCAAAUAUCAAAAGAUUGAAUUAAAAGACGAAGAAGAUUUAAUGUCAGUUGAUGAGAUUUUCCAAACGAAUACUGAAAGUAAAUUAGUCAACAAAUUAUUCACCAUCAUUGAUAAAGUUAACUCUCAAUAUAAAGAUUAUUCAAUUUUAAAGAAUUUGAAUCAAUCAAUUUUACCUUUAUUGCAUAAUUUCGGUAACCCUACCAAGAAAUUAACUACAUUAAUUGAGAAAUUGACUAAAAUCAAUAGUAAUAUAAAAUUAAUACCGUUAAAAUUACAAUCCCACAAACAAUUGGCUAUCAAAACCUUUCAACCAAAAUAUGAAGAAAAUUUCAAUCCUAAUAAAGUUUAUGAUAACUUAGAACAAUCCGAAGUUAACAAGUUGAAGAAAUUAGUUAAGAGAGAAACAAAGAAUCAAAUGAAAGAUUUCAGAAAACAAAAUAGAUUCGAAGCUCAAGAGAAACUUAAAGAAAAAGUUAAAAUGUAUGAUGAUUAUCAUAAGAAAAUGGCUAAUAUUGUUAAUUCUAUUUCAACUAUAGAAGGUAAAGAAAAGAACGAUUAUGCCAAAGAAAAGAGAAGAAGAAAGCAAUAG